AUGCCUGAGCCAGCUAAAUCCGCUCCUGCGCCCAAGAAGGGUUCUAAGAAGGCUGUGACUAAAGCACAGAAGAAGGAUGGCAAGAAGCGCAAGCGAAGCCGAAAAGAGAGCUAUUCUGUGUACGUAUACAAAGUGUUGAAGCAGGUUCAUCCUGACACCGGCAUCUCGUCUAAGGCCAUGGGCAUCAUGAAUUCCUUCGUUAAUGAUAUCUUUGAGCGCAUCGCGGGCGAGGCGUCUCGCUUGGCGCAUUACAACAAGCGCUCGACUAUCACUUCCCGGGAAAUCCAGACGGCCGUGCGCCUGCUGCUACCAGGAGAGUUGGCCAAGCACGCUGUGUCUGAGGGUACCAAGGCUGUCACUAAGUACACCAGCUCCAAGUAG